GUGUGUGGUGGUGGUGGUGGUGGUGGUGUGGUGAAUUUAUUAUAAUUAUAUUGAUGGCGGCGGAGGCACGAAAGCCGAAGCAGCAGCAGCAGCAGCGACAGGCGCCGCAUCCGCCGCCCCUGCAGUGCCCGCGGUGCGGUUCGACGAACACGAAAUUCUGCUACUACAACAACUACAACACUUCGCAGCCGCGGCACUACUGCCGCGCCUGCGAGCGCUACUGGACCCACGGCGGGGCCCUCCGCAACGUCCCCCCCGGCGGCGGCGGUGGCGGCAAGAAGCGCGCCGCCAAAAGUAGAACCGCCGAUCCGAAUUUCCCGACGCCCAAUUCCAGCAAACUUCCCAAGCUCAACAUCAUCGCCGACGCCGCUGCCGCCGCCGCCGCGAUGGCGCCGCCGCCACCAACGCCAAUCUUCCACGGCGGCAUCGAGGGGUUGGCGUUGCGUCCUGCGGCGAUCAAUCCGGGAGAAUUUUUCGGGGGAUUGAGGGGUUUCCAACCCUAUAGUAACAACAACAUGAAUUUUCCGCACGUGCCGCCGCAUGGAACGGUACUCAACGUCCUCGGCGAUCGUCCUCUGACGCCGUUUCUCCAGGCGACGAUCGCGACGAACCUAUUCGUCCAACCCGGAACUCCGCGUGUUUUUACUACUGCUGCUGCUGCUGCUGCUGCACCGACUAUAGCUACUACUACUGGUGGUGAUGGGUCUGGCUUCUGGAAUAACUUCUUUUUGCCCGGCGUUUCUUCAGCUGCUUCUGCAGAAGCAGCUCCGCUGCUGCCACCGCCUCCGACGACGUCGACGUCGUCAACAAUUCCAUAGGGUGGUCAUAAAUAGUCAUCAAUUGGGCAACCGUUCCACCAUGCUAUAUGCGUCGUUUUCUUUUUCCUUUCUUUUGCUUUUCUUUUUGUUUGUUGUUGUCUUUUGUUUCUUUAGUGACAUGAGAACGUAGAAAGAUAUAUAUAAAGUGGUAAUAGAUGAAUAUAAAUAUAUAAGAAUUAAUUAA